AUGGUUACUGACACCCCUUGCAAUGUUGAUUCGGCAAACUCACUAUCGUGGGAAGAUUGGAUAUUGAACGAAUCCAGAACAAGAAUCUCUUGCGUGUGGUUUCUUGUUGCGCAGGUGGCCUCCGUUAGAGUAGGCAUAUCGUGUUUCGUGCUGGAAAGUUGGAAGGAAUUACCUCUUCCCUGCCACAAGGCACAGUGGGCGGCUACUACAAUGGAAUCUUGGAAGGAGGAGACGGAUGCUCUUUUAUACAUGCAAAACUCGUCACGGAGUAUCAUGUCGUUUGGAGAGCUGUGCGAGUGCCGCCGAGCCGCAAGCGACGCCAAGAAUGCCGACAGGCUCGACAGAUGGAACUCUGGGGCGGAUAACAUUGGGAAUCUCUUGAAUCUAGUUACGACAAUGACGUAG